AUGAACCACGAUGCCACGUCAGGCUCGCCCGCCCCAGCUCCCGAAAACCCAUCACCCCGACAGAUAGAACCCUACGACACAGUACCGGCCCCCGCGGCACCUGAUGUCGACCCAGAGCCAGCGGACGCGGACGCGGACGCGGACGCAGAAGCAGACGGCGAUGUAGAUGCCAACGGGUGGUCACAAUCUCGCUCACGGUCUCGUUCGCGGCGCCGGCGCAGGAGGAAAGGCAAAAAGGACCGCAAUCCCGGGCUUGUCAAGAAGCUGUCCUUUGUCACACACCUGCUUCAGACGUUGGACCUUCUUGUGUUUGCCGAGCUAAGCGGCUUGUACUAUAUGGAGUGCUCCAUGUUUCGGUUUCUCCUUCGCGCAGUCGGCCAAUACAUGUACCUUACUCCGAAAGACGAGGCCUUUCCCUUUCUCAUGCCUGCCAGUAGGAUCCACGUUCUUCUGGUCGUCAUCCCAAACUUCACAUGCAUCUUCCUUCACCUCUUUGCAUCCCUGCCGCGGGGACCUGAUUUCCACCGUGGCUACCAACACCGCGGGCUUGUCAUUGACUUUGUCGGACAACGGCCCCCGACGAAUAGACUGUACUACGUGCUGGCCGACUUGACUAUCCUGGUCGUCCAGUGCUUAAUGCUGACGGUGCAUACGCAGCGAGAGCAGCUUCGCGUCGUGUUGAAGACGUUUCGGCCGAUAUUGCCUGAAGUUGCUGAGGAACUGGAAGCCGGGGUUCGCUCAAUACAAGAUUUGGACGCCGAAGAGCGGGGGUUAUCGCCGCGUACCCCGAGCGGCACAGCUGCUGCCGCCGCCGUUGCUGCGUCUGGUACUCGCGCAGACGAUGGUGGAGCUAUCGAGAUGUGCGACGCGAGCGCGUCUCACCAAACGGGAGAGGCGAGUGAGCAAACUGGUGAGUCUGUCACGUUACUACGAGAAAGCACGAGCGAGUGCUCAUCAAGGGCUCAACUUGCCGACAUAAUGGACUCUGGGAAUGCGGUCGUGGGCGAGUAUUACAUUGUACAAUCAGUCUUGUCGGCUGCUGGCGACCUCGAGCGCUCAGCGGCACACUCGCUCCGUUCGUUGAGUUACGGAGCGACAUUGGCCACGUUGCGGGCUCGGAGAAGGGCCGUCAUGGCCCAGUCUGCUACGAUACGACCAGAUAGAUAG